AUGGACUCGCCGGGUGGCCAGGACAUUUUCUUCGAGCGGGAGAGGGUGCUGGAUCUGGUGUCCUGGGAUGCAGACAGCAACCUGCUGGCCGACCAUGCCAUCCUGGAGGUGCCCACUGCGCAUGCGGGCGAGGCGCUCACCCACCUCCUCUGGCUGCCGGGGCCGGGGCCCAAGACGCUGCUCACGCUUUCCAGCCGGGGCGCCGCGCACAGCUGGUCCCAGGUGGACCCCGACGCCGAGCUGGCGGCGGCGGUGUGCCUGGAUGUCUGGUACGGCGCCCCCGCCUUCCAGCUGCCGCCCGGCGGCGGCCGCGUGCUGGCCUUCAGCGCCCUCGCCCCCCCCUCCCCCUGGGACAUCGGGGAGGGCCCCCCCCCACUCCACCAGGGCCGCCACUUCAACAAGGUGGGUGACCUGCUGGACUUCUGGCAGCGGCACGGCCUGGAGCGUGCCUUCUGCCGGCCCCAGUCUGCCCCGGCACUGCCCCUCCUGCGCCCCGGGCUGAGCGCCGUGGCCGCUGUGUCCGAGGACGGCCUCCUGCACCUCCAUACGUUCGGCUUGGCCGAGGGCGUGGCGGCCGAGCGCGUGGCCUUCCUCUCCGACGCCGCGCUGCUCUCUGGACGGGGCACGUGA